AGGAAUUUUUCUUCCGUCCCCCGGGCCCCUUUUGACAUCGGUGAAGGGGGCCCCCGAGGCAUCAUGGCCGAAGACCGGCAAUUGCCCAACAUCCAAGAGGAUUGCCUCCUCAAGAGUCCCACGUCAUCGCGCCGUGACCGGGUGUCCCGCCUAGGCCGAGCUUUCGUCAAACAUCUACAAUUCCACAAAGCCAGGCCUCUGGCUGCGUUGGCCUCGCUGACGCACAGACUGUCAUCGUCAGCUUCUGGGGACAACCCGCGCAAGGGACUCACUCUUCUGGACAAGUCUUGCAGUCUGCCCGCCAUUGCACCGCGGCUGCCAAGAUCCAGGUCCAAUCAUCACAGGCAAACGAGCACGUCCGGAAGCAGCUCCUCUCUAGGACGUCAUUCAUUUAAAGUCCUGCUGUCGACUGUGACGUCUCAAAGAUAUAACUUGGCUCAAGCACGAUUGUUGACUUUGAUGUCUCAAAAACGCCGUUCAAUUCAAGUACCAUUGUAG